GUUAUCAUACUUUAUCUGCAUUUUUAAAAAAAAAUAAUAGGUCAAUUAGUUUUAUCAAUCAAUGAGUACAGUCAUGUGGGAUAAAAACGUCUUACUAUUAACACCAGCACAUAGUGAGCACAAUCACUGAGGCAGGAUGUUUAAGGCAUUGGAUCGUCCCCACUAUGACACGCUUCAGCUAAACAGAUCAAAAUCCAAGAAGACUCAAGGGCCGCAAGCACGACAAGUUUCCACCCUGGCGGAUCUUGCAGCUGUCACGCUCAAUUGGCACUCAGCUAAACUGGAAGAUGGAAUGCAGGAUAUUCCCCGACAUCUACUGCCCCACAUACUCAAGCUCGCCAUUCUCAAUGAUCAGGCCUGGGCGGUCAUCACGCUUAUUGCCAAUUGGCCAUUCCAGACACUCAGGUUCAGUGACAUUUUGAACACAGAGGAGGCUGAGGUUUUCGAGGAUGAAAUGGCAGGGAUCAAUUAUUUUGUGCUGGAUGGCCUGACUGGCAGAACAAAGGCAUGCAAACUUACGUGUCUGGACUUCACCAACAUCAUAUUGCACACCAGCCUGGUGAGACAGAUGAUCCAGGCCUGGCCGCUGUUGUCCCUCACGAAAUCCAAACUCAAACCUAAAACCCUGGCAAAAACUGUGGCCAAAACUGCCGGUCUAGACCAAGUGAAGCUUUCAUUCGAAAUAAUUCCAAAGAUUCUUGCGGAGAGGUUAGACAAUGAUGUCAUCCGCUUCGCUACCAGCAGAAUAAAACUUCCAAGAGGUCAGAGACUGGAGAUCAAGCUGGAUGAUGUAUAUUUCACAACCCAGAGCAUGUUCUUCCUCGACUACAUGAUCGUCAACUGCCUCAGGGACAUUACUCCUCUCCAUGUUACAGUGGGAAACAUUCAUAUCAGGUCAGAGAUCAUUGAUGGUGACAUCAUCACAGAUUCACUUGCCCCUUUUGUUGUGCUCAAAGGACAGAAUGCAGAGACACUUGAGGGCCUCUCACUGCAGCAGCUUGAAGAAGGGAUUCUGUGGUUAGUGAUUGAUGAUCUCUGCCGGUUUACUCGCCUUACAGCUCUUGACCUCCAAGACUGUAACAUCUAUCUCCAAGAAGGCAAGACACGGGCCCGCACUUCCACUCGAGCUCGUCUAUCAAAUACGCUCAAAUGUCUUACAAGUCUCCGACGACUAAACCUUGCAUCAAAUUACCUUGUCGGGUGCCUUGGGGAAAUUCUUGAUGCUGUACAAAACCCACUACAGUUUCUCGGUAUUCGUAGCUGUGAUUUGGACCAAAGUGAUCUCAGUAGUUUAGAACAAUCAAAACAUGCAGCUAGCAUACGAGAAUUGAACAUUUCAAAGUUGUGCCAUUUUUCUUUGUUUGGGAGUGACAAUUUAACUCCAAGUGAUGUUCUGAAAAUGGUAAAACAUUUCCCAAAUGUGACGGUGCUAAAUCUUGCUCAAAAUCACUUGACAGACUCAGGAAUGGGAGAUUUCCUACAGACACUACCAAAGCUCACAAGUUUAAAGGGUCUAGAUCUGUCAGGGAACAAUUUACAGCUGGACAGUCAUCUGUCGUUAGCACGAGCUUGUGCACACAUACCUGUAAUGCAGUGGCUCAGGCUCUCGAGUGUAGAUAGGCUCAACUUAGAUGAGUUCUUGGAGAAUCUUAACUUUGGCAACCAGGAAAUGGAAGGGAAGAUAAUGAAUGCUAUGAAGGAGCUUGGUAGAGAAGACAUUUCUGUGAACAUUUUACCUCCCUCUGUGGCAAUCAUGGUUGAUCUUGUGGACUUCUUUGAUUGAAAUUUUGACAGUGCUAUAAGGUGAAGAAAGCAGACCAAUUUUGAUGAUAUUGGACCCAACAUUUUGAUAGUCUUUGACCCACAAUAUUAAUGAGGUUUGACACAGAAUAUUCAUAAGGUUUAACCCUGAAUAUUCAUGAGGUUUAUUCCUGAAUAUUCAUGAGGUUUGAUUUGACCCAGAAUAUUCAUGAGGUUUGACCCAGAAUAUUUAUUAUGUUUGAUCCAGAAUAUGACUGAGGUUUAAAGUUAAAACUGCUUAAUUGAAAGACUGUACAGAUAUAUUAAGUUGUAAAUAUACAAUACUGUUGGUGUAAUUUUAUAUAAAUUGAAGGACUGUUGAUGAUGUUUGACAAAUUGAUGACAAGUAAACAAAUGGUGCUAGUAUUGUUAUGAUGUCUGGCUAUAGUUUAAAGGGACUAGAACCCAGAUGGUCCAAAAAAUGGCAAAUACAGUAUUUCCUCAAGACAAGCCAAGUUUUGUCAAUAUGAGCAAGCAUAAUACAGUACAUGGUUAAAAGUAUAAAUUUGUCGCAAUCUCAGCUGAGUUUACCAGGUUAAAAAACGAUUCCCAGUUUAUUGUGUGUAUAGUUAGUAUGUGAAAGUCGAGUGUUAAGUACAGAUACAUAUACCAACGUUAUUUUUAAAUUUACUGGUAUUUACCUGGUAGACAAACGAACAAAUUUCGAAUUGGAAAAAAACGCGAACUUCAAAUGAUACAUGUUGUUCAUUAUGAUAGCACUUUUUAUGGAAGUUUUUGACAAUUUUAUUUUUUCUUGGGUUUGUAUCAUCUGGUGUCUAGUCCCUUUCACAUUAAUAGGGCUUAACCUAAGAUGGAUUUUUCAUCAAAUGCAUAGAAUACUGAUUUGAAUGUAGGCUUCUAUUGAAGAAUUUAAUCAACGUGAAUUAUGUAAACAGUUAUAUAAUGAAAGAAGGAAGAUAAUUGAAUGUGUAAUGGAUAUCUUAAUAUACUUUAUGACCUAAGGAAAACCAAUUUUGUGUGAUUAAAUUGUUUUGUACCCAGCAAGGGUGUACUGGUAGUGUUUUUUAUGGAUAACUGAUAAUCAUUAUCAUGAAGCCAGAAAUAUCUUUAUUAAUGGUCAUAGUCAUUGUUAUCCUGUCCAAGAACUUUUUUUACUCAGCCUUGUAUGUGUCUGGCUGAAUACCUCAAGUUAGAAAAAGAGUUCAAUACUCAUGGGGGGAAGAUACUGCAUAUCACACUGCAUUUGCUUGAAUGUUUAGGCUCAUUACUAAAUUACUCAUGAAAUAAUGCAUCUUCUGAAAAAAGAACAGAACAUCUCUAUGUGGUAUUUACCUCACGAUGGUAUAAACCUUUCUAUGAGGUAUGUACCUCGCUUUGUGGUAUGUACCUGUCAAUGUGGUUUGUAACUUGCUAUGUGGUAUUCACCUUAUUAUGUAUACCUCAUGAUGUGGUUUGUAAAUUGCUAUGUGGUAUUCACCUGAUUAUGUAUACCUCAUGAUGUGGUUUGUAACUUGCUAUGUGGUAUUCACCUUAUUAUGUAUACCUCAUGAUGUGGUUUGUAAAUUGCUAUGUGGUAUUCACCUCAUUAUGUAUACCUCGUGAUGUGGUUUGUAAAUUGCUAUGUGGUAUUCACCUCAUUAUUUUGGUUUUAAUCUCCCUAUGAGGUACAUGUAUGUACAUCAACCCAAAUCCAAGAGUUAUUAAGUGUACUGCAUUCACAGGAGGACAUUAAGGGUUUAAUGUUGACAAAAAAAUGUACUGUUCAGCUUGUUUUCUUAAUGUGUUUCACUUUUAUUUGUGACAUCGCCUUCUGCAAAAAUGUCCAGUGAAGACUGUUAAGUGAUUUAAAGAAAUAGAAAAUUGAAUUAAAAAAACAAACAUUUGGCACCCAUCAUGUGUAAAAUUGAAUGAAAAGUUUUUUGUCAAAUGUUUUCUAAGCUAACUACAAUGGCCUGCUUAAGAGGUGUAACAUUUCGCAACUAAAUUAUUUUCCCUCCACAGGAUUUAUUGUGCUGACGAUGUAACAUUUAGAAAAACAGUGCAAUAUUUAUGUAAUAAAGAAUCAAAAGACA